CCCCACCCCCUGCCCUUCACCACACUGCCCUGCAUUCGUCCUCUCUGUACUUUCCCUUCCUUCCCUCUAACUCUGUCAUUCGGCCCUGCACUUUUCCUCAGGCAGAUAUAAAGGCAGGUCCUGUUGAAAGUGAGAGAGAGAGAGGGCUUGUGUAAUCUCUGGCUGCACAUGAGCACCGGGGAGAGUUACUGCCUCAGCUGGAGAAAAAAAGGACCGGGAAAGAAGCGGAGGAGAAACUAACUCGGGAUAAGAAGAAGGAAUACCUCUGGAAGACAGGAAGGGAGGAGAAGGAAGAGAGUUUGAAGUUGGGGGUGCAGGACAGAGACCAUGCUGCUGCUGCUGCUGCUGUCCCUGUUGGUCCUGUCCACAGGAAGUGAUGCCAGAAGAAUCAGGAAAAGAGGACUCAACCAAAAGGAUUACGAGUACCCCAACCACCCCCAGUCCACACAGCACCAGAAGAACGACCGGUGUCCUCCGCCGCCCCAAAUGCUGCCGGAGCGAGCCUGCGAGGUGCCGGGCUGCCGCUCGGACUCAGAGUGCGAGCGCCAUAAACGCUGCUGCUACAACGGCUGCAUCUACGCCUGCCUGGAGUCUGUUCAGCCUCCACCAGUGCUGGACUGGCUGGUGCAGCCCAAGCCUCGGUUUGGGGGUAACGGCUGGCUGCUAGACGGCCCUGAAGAGGUUCUGCAAGCCGAGGCCUGCAGCACCACUGAGGAUGGAGACGAGCCCCUUCACUGCCCCACCGGCUACGAGUGCCACAUCAUCAACCCGGGUAACCCCGCCGCCGGUAUCCCCAACCGGGGUCAGUGCAUCAAGCAGCGUGGGAACUCCGACGGUCGGGGCCUGAGGCACAAAUACUUCAAGGACUACAAGGACUACUUAGGUACCAGCUCUAACAGUGCAGUAGGCUUCGAAAAACUUCAGCACAAGCACCUGGGAUGAAAUCAACCAUGACCUCAGCCUCAGCGACGACCAUAACACGACCUCAGACGUCAGCCCAGUCGAUCUGCUCUCAUCUCACCUGAAGCAGGACCACAUCUCACCUUCUCACUUCACCCACAGCGGCUACCUCCUCUUCUGCUUUAUUCUGUGGCCUCUCCGGAGACCGAUGCACCCACAGUGCAGCGCCAAAGAAAUACCUGCAUUUAUUUUUUCUCUAUCCUCUCUCUGUCUAAUAUAUAUUCUGAAAAGGAAGGAGCAGAGGGUGUUGGUGGUGACGCAGAAGAAGAGAAAGCAGGCUGUGCACCAAAGUUGUUUUUAUCAUAAAUCUCACAGGAUGUUUGGAAACGUUCCAGUUUUGGCGUCGAGCGCUCGUUCUCAUUCUCACACUUGGACAAACCCUCUAAACCUGAACGCUGGUCAGCAGAGAAAAACCAAGACCAUGUGUUUCUGUUGCUCAUUCUGCAAAGCACGCUAUUCAAAUUUCUGCAUAAUCUGGAAGGCUUUAGAGACAAAUGGGAGACAUCCCAGCUGCAUCUUUGAAUAAAACCCAAAUGUGAAUUAAAAUUUCUGAUUAUGAGAAUAAAUGCCAUAUGAGAGUGUGGGUUGUGUCAGUUGUGAGGGAUUUGGAAAAGCUGUGGGUUGUGUCGAGCCAGCGGAUCCCGACCGCCACACCACAACGAGUUCAAUCGAGUUCAGUCAUUUGAGCAAAAAUUUUAGUUUUUAACCGAUUCUCCACACAACAAGGAAGGAAACCUUGGACAGCUUUUAAACGCCACCUAUCAAUAAACCAACAGAGAGUGAAAUGUGAGGCAUGCAACAAAUAUCUACCACUGUUGUGAUUACACAAGCUUUUCAUGAAUUUCUAUGUUUGUUUUUGCAUGAAUGUGUCAUCUGGGGACAAAUGUAGCUCAUCUGACAAACAAGAUGAUUCAGUCUGAGUUAAAUUAUCACAACUCCACGCUGCUCGAUACAAGCAUUUUAACAGAAAGGGUUUUCACACGGAGCAGAUUUAGAAAACUGGUCAGAAAGUCUGUGUCACUCUUGAGCUGAACCUGCUUCAGUCAACUUCAGUUGUCCGUGUUAUCGAUAUAUAAAUGGUGCUCACGUUCAUUUUUUUGCCUCUAAUAACAGGAGAAUAAGCUGAAGGUGUAAAAAACAAAAGCUGUAACCAUGAAAUCUCUAAAGUGAUGUCUGAAUGUUUCUGCCUAACUGGUGCUGCAAUGCUGCCUCGUUUAUUCUAAAUAAACAGAAACAACAUUGUC